UGUUCAUUGAUGUGUCUUCACAGGACCAUGUUAGAGACAUAUCACUUUUCAAGACAAGUCUCAGAACAAAAUGCUCCCUUCUUGCCCAUGCCAUUUUGGAGGAAAUAAAAUGCAAAAAAAUCCUGUAUGUGCCAGCCAAAACCAUUGCAAGAUUCUUCAUUCAAAUGAAAGAGGUCCUUCCGAUGGCAAGUGGCGUUAUAAUUAUAGACUAGAAAAGAGCAAGAUCAGCAGCUGCUGCUGCUGCUGCUGCUUGCGUUUGUUCCCUGUGUAACUGACAGGACAGAGUACUUGGCAAAAACAGACUUCCAGAAGUGGAAAGACAUUUUAACCCCUGUUCUUGUCAGUCCACUCCUCCUAGGGCUCAGCAGCAGCAACCCCUUGCUUCAGGUUAAGGGAAGAGCAAGGUGAUUUUUGCAGAUCUGAAGGGGACUUGAUUUAGGACGUCUGAAAAAGAGGAAGGGUCCAGGAUUUGCCUUCGGGCUUGGAUUGCUGAAUCAAAAUAGCAGGCCCAGCCUACCACGACGAUGACAGUCACUUAUUCCAGCAAAGUAGCAAAUGCCACUUUCUUUGGAUUUCACAGAUUACUCCUAAGGUGGAAAGGCAGCAUCUACAAAUUGCUGUACAGAGAAUUUAUUGUUUUUGCUACUCUUUACACAGCGAUAAGUGUAUUAUACAGAUUUUUUCUUACAGGUAGCCAAAAACGCUUCUUUGAAAAAUUAUCAAUUUACUGUGACAAAUAUGCUGAACAAAUCCCAGUAACUUUUGUUCUUGGUUUCUAUGUAACUUUGGUGGUGAAUCGCUGGUGGAACCAGUUUGUGAACUUGCCUUGGCCAGAUCGCCUGAUGCUGCUCAUCUCCAGCUGCGUGCAGGGCAGGGAUGAGUACGGGCGCCUGUUAAGGAGGACUCUCAUGCGCUAUGUGAAUUUAACCUCUCUGCUGAUCUUUCGCUCUGUCAGCACCGCUGUGUACAAAAGGUUCCCCACCAUGGACCAUGUGGUUGGAGCAGGUUUUAUGACAAAAUAUGAAAGAAAACUUUUUGAUGAUCUUAAGUCUCCACAUCUGAAAUACUGGGUCCCAUUUGUCUGGUUUGGAAAUUUGGCAUCAAAGGCACGAAAGGAGGGAAGAAUUCGAGACAGUGUGGAUCUGCAGACACUGAUGAAUGAGAUGAAUAAGUACCGGUCUUGGUGUAGCCUUUUGUUUGGUUAUGACUGGGUUGGAAUUCCACUGGUCUAUACCCAGGUUGUUACUCUCGCAGUCUAUACCUUUUUCUUUGCCUGCCUGAUAGGGCGUCAAUUUUUGGAUACUGACCAAGGGUACCAGGGACAUGACUUAGAUAUUUACAUUCCAAUCUUCACACUGCUGCAGUUCUUCUUCUAUGCAGGAUGGCUCAAGGUCGCUGAACAACUCAUUAAUCCCUUUGGAGAAGAUGAUGAUGAUUUUGAAACUAACUGGUGCAUCGAUAGAAAUUUACAGGUUUCACUUCUGGCUGUGGAUGAGAUGCACAUGAACUUGCCAAGGAUGGAGAAAGAUAUUUACUGGAAUGAUACCUCUGCCCGCCCACCCUACACAAAAGCAGCUGCUGAUUACUGUAUUCCUUCCUUCCUUGGAUCGACUAUUGAAAUGGGGCUGGCUGAUACUGAAUUUCUCUAUGGGGAAGAGUGGCCUUGGGAAGAGGAGAAACACCAGAGACAGUACUCAGUUUUGAGAAGAGUCAAGAGGUUUCUCAGCGUCCAUGAGAGUCCUUCAUACCCCACUCACCAGCGCUACAGUCGGCAGACGAGUGAGAAUUCGGUGUUUUUCCCAGCAGAUGAAAAAGGGCACAUCAGACGGCUGCAGGAAAUGCACACAAGAGGGAGGCACUCUACCUUAAGCUUCAAGAAGAGACAUGAAGGAGUUUCCAGAAGUAACAGACUUCAUGGUAGCCGAGAGCUAGGACCCAUAACAGAAACCUCAAGGAACGAGGCACAGUUUGGUGACAGUGAUACCUCAUCUGAGGCAACCAGGCCAGUUCCUGAGGUGAUAGUUUCUGAAGCCCAGGAGAUUGAACCUGAUGUGGUGGACAAACCAGACCUGCCAGCAGAGCGCUCCGCAAGCAUGCCAGAAGAGAAGCUCCAAAGGAUCAUAGCUGAGGCAAAUGUGGCUCUUCUGAACCAACACUUUUUCCCCCCAGAAAUGACUCCAUACCUCUCAAGUUCAGAGGUGCAUCAGUCACUUCCUAGUGUGAUAGGAGAGCCCAAACACGAGCCCCAGGUUAGUAACAUAGCUGGUCUCAUAACAGAUCAUGAGAGAAACCUGCAGCGAUGGAGUUUACCAAGCUUCCAUAGUCCUAGUACAGCAUCAAAUGCUGACGCUGCACCACCUUCCACAGAUUCUGAGACAACUUCACAGGAAAGGACAUUCAGUGAUGGAAAAAAUGGCACUUCUGCUUGUGCUCCACAAACAUUUGAGAUGCAGGACUUAUGGGAAAACCUGGACAGUAAAGAAACAGCCAUAGUAGAAUUUUCUAAUGAGGAGAGUGAAAGAAAACUUUGACCAUUCUUCCUCUGGGUUUGACUGAACUUCUUGUCUUCCCUUAAUCAUGGUUAUCACACAAAUUUGCUGAAUGUGCGGAAGGGCAGACUCAGUACUCAGAAAAAUCAUGAACAAGAUCCAACAGAGGAGUUGGGCACCUAAAUAGGAGGCAUUGUGUUGACGUAUUUUAAGCCACUUGGUCACUGGCUUGAAAUCUGUGACCCUGUGGGAAAUACACUUACAGGGAGUACUGGGAACCUCAGGAUGUAUAUGGCAGUGAGCUGUGUAGGCAAAACUAGAGGAAACACUAAGGUUAUCAGAAGAGUGGGUAUGGUUCUGUCUGCUUUGGAUAUACACUGAACUCUGCUGCCUUUGUCUGCUCCAUCAGCUUAAGGUCCAUGACAUCCCUGUAAGAUCUCCCAACAGUUUUGGUUUCUACUCAAGUGGCUCAAAGGCAAGAUGAAGGUCCAGUC